AUGCAGUCUAAUAACAAUAGGAAUAACUAUAUAAAUCAUGUUCAAAGUAUUCAUAACCCCUUGAUGAAUGGGCAAAAUUAAUAAAAUGAUAUGAAAACUACAUAGCUUUUUAGUCAGCUCUUGAAGGAAUUUAAAUUAUAUUAUUUGGCUGCUAUUGUAAUGAAUUUGUUAUUUGCUGCAUUAUUUUAUGUUUAAUACAUAAGUGCUUGCAAUACCAAAGAUUUAAAUAUAUGGAUGAUAUAUGCUGCAGUUAUUUUUUCACUAUAAUUUAUUUUUUAUAUUUUGGUCAUUUUGCCUUCUUACAAUAAAUCGAAGACAUACUAUUUUGCAGAGCAACUGCAUGAAGUUAUUUUUGUAGGUGAGGAAGAAUAUUACUUUUAAUUAGAUAAGCGUUAAAGGCGUAAGAUGCGUAAAAGAAUUGAAAACUUAAUUAAAGCACAUUUUAAAAAUUAUCACAAGAUAUAUCGAUAUAUAGAUUAUUUGUUAACAAUUUGUGAUUUGGGACUUAUUAUACUUGGAUUAAUCUACUUUUCUAAAAAUGACUACUUUAAAUAUAUGUUCUCAUCUUAAAAAUCUUCAACAAUUAAAUAAGAUUGCGAAUUUGCUGAUGUUUGGAUUAUUUUCUGGUGUAUGAUUUUGCUGAUUAUUUCUCGAAAAUAAACAAUCUCAAUAGCUAUAUUGCUUCUUUUUGCUCUACCUGUCUUGAUAUUCUAUAUACCAAUUAAAUGGAUUAAAUAAGAUUAAAAUAAGUAGAAAAUGAACUUUAAUUUCCUUAAGGUACUAAAUAGUGUUAAGUAUGAUCCCCAUUUAAUAAAAGGUGAUGAACAUACAUGCACUAUAUGCAGAAUGGAUUAUGUUAUGGGAGACAGCUUAAAAAUUCUUCCCUGUAGCGACCUUCAUCAUUUUCAUUCUUCUUGCAUAAAAGCAUGGUUUCAAAUCUCUUCUACUUGCCCAUUAUGUAGGAAAGAGCUUGGACAAAUAAUAGAAGAUAUUAGAUCAACAAAUGAUGCAAAUUCUUAUCUUGUUAUUGAGUAAAUAGCCCAUUCGUUUGACAAUAAUAACCAAAAUUAAGAAUAAAGAAACGAUAAUAAUCUCGACAAUAAUAUAAACUAAAAUAAUUAAGUAGAUAUGUAAUGA